AAGAAAGAGAUGCUUUCCUGAAAGACAUGGAGUAGCUCUCCUCUGCGCGAGGCGUACUGUUCUGGGGUUUGGCAGUGAGUGAUGUCUACCACACGGGCAGCUCCUCUCUGGCACGCACAUACAAACAAACACAAAGAAACAGACGCUGGAUGUCACAAAUGAACCGAGGCAGGUGCAGUUUCUUUACUUGGAUGGAUAAUGCAUACGAGUUGAAAGGAGAACGCAGCUUCGUAUGGAUUUAUCAUCUUUCUGAUUUUAAUCUGCUCUCUGCUUUUGUCCUUAUUUUGCUGCAGCCUACAUAUCGAUCAGGAAGAAGAUCAAUCAGAAAUACACCUCCGACUUUCUUUUCUGGCUCGCCAACACACCGCUGGGACUCUUUCUGAAAAACUGGCUUUGAAAGUUUCAAUACAGUUUUUCCCUUGAACUGAUCGAAAUGAAAAGCAACAUUUUGCUCACAUGCAUGAAGAACUCCACGCGCAAGGUUUGAACAUAGUUGCGCGCUCUCUUUGGAGCAAGGUUUGUCAAUACGAUACCUGGAUUACCCUUUUGACUGCCCGGUGAACCCUUGUGAAUCACAGCAGAGGAGGUAAAGGUACGUCAGGGGGUCUGCAGUCUUUAGAUCGGACCGAGAAUCAAACAGUGUUACAAGCUGAUCGGAUACAAGCACUUUCGGGACAGGAACCACCCUUCACAGUCGGGGUCAAAGGGAUUGGCACAAGAAUGCUGGUGCCAGGUGCCCAGGGGCAGGAUGGCAUUGUGUUGGCAGAGAUCUGCGGUUGUUAGAUGGUUUCUCUUGAUGCUCCUCUGGCAUUGGGCACCUCUGGGCCCACUGAGCUGGUUCCUGGCUCUGGCUGAGCGUCUGGACCAGAAAACAUCACCUUUUUCUUCUAUCUCCGGCCGGACCAGCGGCCAGCUGGAUUGGCUCCUGUCUGAUAAAGGGCCCUUCCAUCGCUGUCCAGAAUACACAGAGUUUAAAGAACGGUUCCAGCAAGGCUUCUCCACGCGCUAUAAAAUCUACAGGGAGUUUAGUCACUGGAAAGUGAACAGCUUGGUCACAGAGAAGAGAGACUUCUUCAAAGCUCCACUGCCUUUGGCGCCGGAAUUUUUACGCAACCUCAGGCUCCUGGGGAGACGCCCGAGCCUCCAGCAGAUCCACGAAAACCUGAUCAAGAAAUAUGGCACGCAUUUCUUGGUAUCGGCCACACUUGGAGGGGAGGAGUCGCUCACAAUCUUCCUGGACAAACAGAAGCUGAGUAAAAAGUCGGAUGGCAGUGGCAACAGCUCUGUGGUCUCCCUGGAAAUCCUGCACCAGUUAGCAGCGUCGUACUUCACGGACAGAGAGAGCACCCUGCGGCGACUACACCACCUGCAGAUCGCCACAUCUGCCAUCAAGGUAACAGAGACCAGGACGGGGCCUCUCGGAUGCAGUAACUACGACAGCCUGGAUUCCGUCAGCUCUGUUUUAGUGCACAGCCCGGAAAAUAAAAUCCAUCUGAAAGGUCUACAGGAUGUGCUUCCCGAGUACCUGCGGAAUCGUUUUGUGGAGGCGGCCCUCAGUUACGUGGCGUGUAAUUCGGAGGGCGAACUACUGUGUCGCAACAAUGACUGCUGGUGCCGCUGCUCUACAAAGUUCCCCGACUGUAACUGCCCCUUCGCGGAUAUCAAAGCCAUGGAGGAGAGCCUCAGAAAGAGCAAGGAGUCCUGGAGCAACCUCAACAAUGAGUUUAUGGAGUCAGACGAGUUCAAGGCCUUUCUGAAGAAACUGCCGCCGGAUCAUUUUUUAAACACCUCCGCUAUCUUAAGGUUCUGGACGUCAGAUCUGGUCCUGCAGAGACGUUAUGGUCUGUUGGAGGCCAGCACUAAAGCCGUGCUGGGAAAAGCCAUCAAGAUAGUACGCAAGCUCUUUACUCUCAGCAAGCGCUGUCCCGCACAGCCUCAGAUCAGCCUGCCUAGAGAAAGGACUCUGGCUUUUUGGCUGAACAAAGCCCAGUCUCUGUUGUACUGCAGCGAGCAUGGCGUGCAUGGCACCUUCUCCGAGCAACUGCAGGGCUGCAUCUGUCCCGCAGACCAACGCAACGUCUGCCAGGGCACCGUUCCCUGUAGGGUCGGUGAGGGGACCCUCUGCUCGUCCUGUGCCCCAGACAACAUUACCCGCUGCGGCACAUGCCUCCCAGGCAGCAUCCUCCAUAUGGGCUCCUGUCGGCCCAACAUUGCCAACUCUUUGGACCACUACGUCAACUUUGACUUUGACAUGCCAGACGCGGAGAUGCGUUACCUCCUCCACAGGUUAGACAGCCGUAUGGAGGUCCACGCCAUCUACAUCAGCAACGACGUGCGCCUGGGCAGCUGGUUCAACCCAGCAUGGAGGAAGCGCAUGCUGCUCACCCUGAAGAGCAACAAGAACAAGUCCAACCUCAUCCAUAUGUUGAUGGGGAUCUCGUUCCAGAUCUGUUCCACCAAGAACAGCACGCUAGAACCCGUGCCUGCAAUCUACGUCAACCCCUUCGGGGGCAGUCACUCGGAGAGCUGGUUCAUGCCCAUCAACCAGCAGGACUUUCCAGACUGGGAAAGAACUAAACUGGAUUCCUCGCUCCAGUGCUAUAACUGGACCCUCAAUCUUGGCAGCAGGUGGAAGUCCUUCUUUGAGACGGUGCACAUUUACUUGCGCAGCCGCGUCAUCACGGACGAUCCCAUCGUCAACGAGACCCUUUUUUAUGAACCGCUGGACCUGGACGACCAGUCGGCCAAUCUGGGCUACAUGAAAAUCAACAGCAUGAAGGUGUUUGGCUACAGCAUGCACUUUGACCCAGAGGGGAUCAAGGACCUUAUCCUGCAGUUGGACUACCCGUACACGCAGGGCUCCCAGGACGCGGCCUUCCUCAUGCUUUUGGAGAUGAGGGACCGCAUCAACAGGCUCUCUCCACCGGGAGCCCAGCCGUUGGACCUCUUCGCGUGCCUGCUGAGGCACCGGCUCAAGCUGUCCUCCAGCGAGGUUGUGCGCAUACGGGAGACGCUGCAGAGUUUCAACGCCAGACUCCCUAAUUCAUCCGAGCCAGAACUCAGCCAGCUGUGCAGCUAGCUGGAAUGAGUCCUCGUCGCUCAUUUAUGCCUGCGUGUGAGACUGUAUUUGUAAAUGAGAUGAGAGAGGGAAAAGAAAUAUAUUGUCAGUGUGUGCGUGUGUGUGUAAAUGUUUGUGGAUGAGAGUGGCUUUGAAGCAUCUUCCUUUGGGAACCGGUUUUAACAAACAGCAUUUUCAAUGGACUGAUAUACUGUAGGAGCAUAGAAGCUGUUGAAUAUUCCCUCACUGGGAAAAUCUUGUUGAAGAAGAGGGAAUCUAGCCUACGGUCAGAUCUACUCAGUGUCUUUGAGUAAGGGUUUCCUUUGAUAGAAUGGGGAUUUAACUUAAGGGGACUGCCUACUCGAUGAUCCUGAUCAAACAUGGAAAGAGAACAUUUUAAGCGAAAAUAUACUGUAUACCUGCAUUUUCUUAGCACGUACAGUAAGGGCUGAUGCCGAAGGUCUUUUUUGGCAAUGUCAUUGUUUGAAAAGCAGAGAAUCGACGAUAAGGAUUACAAUCUGUAACGUUUGGUAGAACAGUUGUGGGAGAACAGAACGGUUUUAACAAUCGACAAAUAAUUCAAUCCUUGCUUUUCUAUUUUAUCUGGAGUCGCAAAUCCUGUAUCGUGAGAUCUGUAUAUCUGUAUUUAAUGUCGAAUUGAAUGCCAGAAUGUCGGACAGAAAUUUCUUUGUAUUCAGAGAUAUGGGCAAACCAAAAGAUGAACAUGAAAGUAAAUUCAUUGGCAACAUUUCUAUGUUGUUUUUUUAUGUUCACUGGAGUCUCUUUUAAGGAAAUAACGUUAAGGUAACAUACUUACAAUAUCGCUUUGAAAUCGAUUUGUGGACAGCUUUGUAAAUAUUGCUCCAUCUCAUUCAAGAAAAGAUUCACAGCGCUUCUUGGAUAUAUACAGAUAAACACCUGUAUUUGUACUUUUUUGAAAGUGCAAGACCAAAAAACAACACUUCAACACAAAACAAUUGCCUUAUGAAGUGAAGUCUCUGUUCUGAUAUCAAAGCACACUUGGCUGUAUGUGUCUUUCUCUCUCUCUCUCUCUCUCUCUCUCUCUCUCUCUCUCUCUCUCUCUCUCUCUCUCUCUCUCUCUCUCUCUUUAAAAUCUCUUUAAAAUACUAUCUCUGAGCUUUUUCAGUAGUUCUUGUUAUUUUCCUCUAUAUUAAAUUCUCAUUUCAAUUCCAGUGACUUUUAAUCUGUACAUUUUUAAUUGAAGUAUUAUAUGAGAAGUGCAUUUUGUGUCAUCUAUGUGCAAAUACAGAGUUACAUUUACAUUACCUGAUUCAAUAGCUUUGUUUCUUGCAGACAUUUUCAAUGUUUUUUCAUUAUACAAAAUCCUAGAUGUGACCGAAUGUAUUUUGACAUCUCUGCAUUUAGAAGCACUUCUUUGCUCUCAGGAUUUAAUAAGCGAAUCACGUAAGUGUUUUGGAUUAAGUUACUUGGGUUGUAGCAUUUGUCAACGCAAUCCGCCACACAAUUACAUCCCCUGACAAACAAAAGCUUUUAAAACUCCUUGAAUAAAACUGGAAUGUCUAUAUAUGCAAUAUACUGUAUAUGCAUCUACAUAAAAAUGAUAUUCUGACAUGAGAUGAAUGCUUUAAUAUAUAAAGAUCAACUUCUACAGUGUGAGAAAAAAAUAAAUAAUCAAAAAGUGUCAUUUAUGCAGUUGUCAUGGAGAGUGGUAGGGUCGUCUCAUGCGCUGUCACAGUAUAUCUGACUCUGUGCAGUCUAUAACUGCAAUGAAUAAACAUUCUCACGUAAUUCGUGGGAUGGAAAUCACAGGGAGUCUGUAAAUAUUCGUUGUUUGUCCCAAUGUCUGAGAUGGGAUUCAGUUCUUGCCCUUCAACGAAGACAAAGUCCAGACAGUGAAGGACAUCUAAUCAAUCACAGCGACCAUGUGUAGAGCCACACCGCCUUCUGUUUCAGAAGAUAUAAACAAUGUGAAUAUUUUAGAAUUGAUCAUGGCUGAAACGACAAAGGUUACAGUGUGCUUUUAGGUCAGACUUGAUUAUAACUUUUAAUAAUCAAAUCAUUAAUAAACAUUAUGUAAUGCUUCUGUAUGUUUUCUAACUACUGAAUGUAUAGUGACGUCUAAAAGUCUGAGUCCACCAGUGAAAUUACUUUUGCCUCAAAAAUGAGAACAUUUGACAGGUCCCCUAUUUGCUGUAAUGACAACAUGCACUGGACUGGCAUGAACUCCACGCCAAACUCAUCGUUCAUUUGUUUUAAAUAUGUAAAAAUCCUAAUGCUAUGGUUUAAAAUAGAUUCUGAAUCACAGGCUCUUAUUUUGUUUUUGGAGGUCUCUUUGUAUUAAUCUAUAAAGCAUUACAGUAUAUAGUCACAAUGUCAUUUGUAGUUAAAUUUCAAAUAAAAAUGAUUGAAAAUGGACUAAAAUUAUGUAAUGAUUUACAUUUACAUUCAUUCAUUUGGCAGACGCUUUUAUCCAAAGCGACUUUCAAGUAGGAGAGCAUUUCUGUCGGGACCACUGUCGUCAAUAAUUUAACGAUAGCAUAUAUUUAGUUUGGCGGAAUGAAACUGUUCUGGGCAAACUCUCUGCCCGUCCAUGCAGCCUUGCAUGGACAUAGCAGGAGCGCAGCAAUACAUGUCCCCCCCCACCCCCCCACCUGGGGAACCAGAACAGUUCCUGAUGCGUAACAGGAUUAAAUUAAAAGAUCCGAAGAUACAGGCAGAUAAGGAGGGGAUGGAGGUGGGUUUUAGGUGCAACACGAUUAAGCAGCUGAUAAGGAGCAAAGAAAUGCAACUUAAAUAGGACGCAGUCUAGUGUGUGUUGUAUGACUAUUGGUUAACGUUGAUUAGCUGCACCUGAUGUGAUCAGCUGAUGCAAGCUGAACUCACGUGACCUGCCAGAACUAACGCUACGCUUGAUUUUGUCAACGCGCUAGUUAGUUUACAAGGCCAUGCUACUAGGAGGAUUAAAGCUGGAGUAAGCAAAGGAGAGAAUGAACAGCAAGAUGAUAUUUUUGUUCAAUUGCUGAGCUUUCAGUGUUUUUAAAAAUGGCUCAAAUUAAUUAAUAUAAUAUAUUAAUAUAAAAUUAAAAUUCACAAUUAUAUCUCGACUAAGAAAGCUUAUAUAUUAAUAUAUUUUUUAAUACGACAUAAAAACUAUUACUGUGUCAAAGGAAACAUGUCUAAUCCAGCCAUUUCUUGAUUCAAUUUUCUUUUUGUAAUAUUGUACUCUUGGAUUUCACUUGAAAGUUGUACUUUUACCUUCAACGUAGGCCAGACAAAAUUCCCAUAAUACUCUCCAGCAAAAAAAAAAAAGAUGUAUUACUGUAACAGUUUCAAGUAACCUUGUUUUUAUUUCUUUGGGAAUUCACCAGAAGUUGUAUUCUUAUUUUGCUCCUUAGAUAGACAAGAUUAUGCUUUUUUAGAAACACGUCAAAUGUGACCUAUUUUCAGCCUCUCUGCAUGCAGUUUCAAUGAUUUAAGACUAAAAUGUGAGGCUUUUUUCAGAAAACUAGUUCUCAUUAGCAUACUUUAAAAAAACAGAUCCUCAGAUGCACACAGUAAUACAGUAGGCACAGGGGGAGAAAACAAUUAUUCGCUAUGAAAUCAUUACAUAAUUAAUUCCAACUCAUAUUUUAAGUCAUUCAAAAAGGCAUGUAGUCAAACUAAUACAGUUCCUGGUGUUUUGGGUUCAUACUAACUGCUGAGUGAACACAGACACGUGGAAAAACCUCAGCAAUGUUAUUUCAGAGCUUUAAUGCUCUUGAUUCUGGGUGCAAUCAUUUUUUUCUCAUCAAUCUUUAAACUUCAUUUUAAAGCCCUUUUUUAUGUUACACUUCAGAUAUCCAGACACUUCAGUCUGUAUAAAUGCAGCCUUCCAGACAGCUUUAAAACGCUUUAAACAUCAAGCGUCAGAAAUUGUAUCUCUAUCAUUUCAUAAAUGUGGUGUCAUUCCGGUGCUGUGAAUAUUUUUAAUGCCUGUACCUGCAAAGAUUUUAUUAAAAUAUUUCAUCUCAGAUGUCUAGGGUCAUGACUCCAUGCGUUGCUUUUUUAUGAAGGGAUCAAUGUUCAGAACCAAAGUGCCGAGUAUAAAUGGUUUGAGGAAGAAACAGUACAGCUCAGUUAAGAGCAUAUGGUAGAAACAAAAACAAUUCUGUUAGCUGAUUGUUUAUGGUGUCAAGGAUUCUGUGCAGUCAGAUAGGCAUUGAGGCCAUGAAAUGAAACAUGAUCUUUAUACUCUUAAAAGCAAGUGUCAUAUCUUUUCUACCACUAUUAUCUCACUUCUUAAUACAUUUACAACUUUGAGAUUGAAAUUUUAAAAAGGCUUACUGUUGUGGUUUAAAGGUCCAGUUUGUGAAAUUUAGCAGCAUCUAAUGGUGAGGUUACGAAUUGCAACCAACUACUCACUCUAUCCUCCCUUUUGAAGCACUACGGUGGCUGACACAGGACAAUCGUGUUUUGCUUAUUUGCCGAAGGAGAUAAGGUAUUUACGAAACAUGCUCUGUAGAGCAGUUUGACCAUUUAGGGCUACUGUAGAAACAACAUAAAGAAAAAAAUAAAACAUUAACCCUCUCUCUUUCUCUCAGCAGGUAGUGGUCUAGCUUUUGUUGGAACUAACUUUGUAUUAGCACCUAUUGUAUUAUUGCUCCUGUAUGACAUAUCACUUAUUGCUUCCUGAACUCUUUGUAAGUCGCUUUGGAUAAAAGCGUCUGCUAAAUGACUAAAUGUAUAUGUAAAUGUAAUAAUGAGUUCCAUGUAAGGGGCCCGCGGUGUAUGUAGAUAGACCAUUC